AUGAGAUUGUCAAGAGUUUUGAAAAGGUCUAGGGCACUACCUUUUUAUUUCUCAUCCGAUGCACUAAAAUAUGUAGAACAUGCCUAUAAUCUUUGGGAAUGCGACAAACAUAUUUUAAACAAUUCAUGGUCUAGCUAUUUUGAUUCAAUACAUAGGGGGAAUAUACCAUUGGAAAUCGAACCUGCGAUCCAAAAUGUGAUAAAAUCCGCCUCAGAUGGCGGAAGAGACAAUUUGAAUGCUAAGGCUGAGAUGCUUUAUCAGUUUUUCCUAAAUAACAGCCACUUCUGGGCCAAAACAGACCCCUUAGACUUGCCAAAGAAGCCGCCUUACUAUCGCGAAUUGUACACUAAGAAUGCCCACAAACUUGAACUAUCAGAAUUCGGAUUAUCACCUUAUUCCUACUCGCAAAUGAUAAAUAUCAAGCCAUUUGGCCGAAUCCAGAUUGGGGAAUUAAUUAAAAAACUGGAAUCGUCACUAUGUGGAUCAAUUGGUUAUGAGUUUUCACAUGUGAUGAAUAAGGAUGUGAUUGAUUUUUUUCAGAACGAGAUUUUCAACCCCACCCCAAUAACUUUGGAGGAUAAAUUAAACUAUUUAAAUGUAAUAACCAGGGCUGGGUUGUUCGAAUCCUAUCUUAAGAAGACAUUUCCCACAAUUAAGAGGUUUGGGUUGGAAGGUCUAGAAUCAUUAAUUGUGGCAUUGUACGUCAUUAAGGAUAGAUGUCUUGAUGAAUGUGUAGAAUCGUUGCUGCUGGGUAUGGCCCAUAGGGGGAGGUUGAAUGUAUUAUGCAAUAUAAUGCAAAAGCCCUUAGACAUUUUUUUUGCGGAAUUUAGGGGCAAAAACACCUUUGGAACAUCUGAGUGGGGAAACACGGGAGACGUUAAAUAUCAUAUUGGCCGGGAAUGUAGCUAUUUUCGUGAUAAAAAUGAAUUAAAAGUCUCUUUGCUGGCAAACUCAUCACAUUUGGAAUUCGUCUGCCCUAUUGUGUGCGGGAGGUCUAGGGCAAAAUUUGAUUUGGGGGAACAAAAUGUGGUACCCGUAGUCAUUCAUGGCGAUGCUUCUAUUAGCGGCCAGGGAAUUGUAUACGAAACUGUGCAGCUGGGAUUGUUGCAAAAUUAUACAAACAAGGGCACCAUUCAUAUUGUAGCCAAUAACCAAAUUGGCUUUACCACAUACCCAAUAGACAGCGCCUCCUCCUCCUAUUGCACGGAUGUAGCUAAAGUUGUGAACGCGCCAAUUCUGCAUGUUAACUCUAGUGAUGUGGAAGCAGUGGCAUUUGCCGCUACAUUGGCUAUGAAAUUCCGUCAAUUGUUUCAUUCGGAUAUAUUUUUGGAUAUUGUUGGGUAUCGUCUGAUGGGCCACAAUGAACUAGAUAUGCCCAAAUUCACCAACCCAUGCAUUUACAAGAAAAUCGACCAGAUGAAGCCAACCUACGUAAAUUAUUCCAAAACGCUGAUUGAUAGAUGCGCUAUUACAAAAGAUGAGUUUGAGGCCAUGGAAGAGGGAAUUUCUAGUGAAUUCAAUACUGCCCUUGAAAAAUCCAAGAAAUUGGACCAGCUGCCACCUAACGCCAGCUGUGAAAUUAUGCAUAAGUGGGCCAAUCUUUUCGAUGCAGAAAAUACUCUCCCUAGUUACAAUUAUGAUAUACAGCUGCUGAAGAAUUUAACUAAAAAAUUGUCUACUUUACCUGAAGGUUUCAAAGCACAUCCUAGCGUAGAUAAAAUUUUUAAACAAAGAUUGAACUGCUUAACCACAGGCGAUGGUAUAGAUUUUGGACUCUCUGAGCUGCUAGCCUAUUCAGUUCUGGCACGGGAUGGAUUUGUCGUACGAUUAUCAGGCCAAGAUUCUCAAAGGGGUACUUUUUCCCACCGCCAUGCCAUAGUGCAUGAUCAAAAUAAUUUCUCAACAUUUAACGUUUUUACUAACGUCCCUAAUGGGCAUAUGAUAAAGGUGCACAAUUCUCCACUGAAUGAAGCGGCAGCACUGGGAUUUGAAUAUGGAUAUGGAUUGGAGGACCCAAAGAUUCUACCCAUUUGGGAAUCGCAAUUUGGCGACUUUGCAAAUGUGGCCCAGGUUGCAAUUGACGAAUUUGUCUGCAGCUCAGAGACUAAGUGGAAUCAAAGUUCUUGUAUCACUUUAUUGCUUCCCCACGGGUACGAUGGCCAAGGGCCUGAUCAUUCAAGUUGCCGUGUCGAGCGCUUCCUACAAUUGUGCGAUGACGAUCCGUUUGACCUUUCAAAUGUAGAGUGUGAAUUGGAUAUUGAAAGGAUAGCCAAGAGAAGAAAUAUGAGCGUGGUGAAUUGUAGUACUUCAGCCAACUUGUUUCAUGUGUUGCUGAGGCAAAUGCAUAGGUCUUUUAGAAAACCUCUUAUCGUAUGUAGUGGCAAAAAGAUGCUCAAGCUUAGACUAGCUUCUAGUUCAUUUGAGGACUUUCAAGGCACAUUCCAACGUUUAAUACCAGAUACUAGCGUCAUCCCUGCUAGUGUUGAUAAGAUUAUUUUUUGCACAGGUCAAGUAUAUUACGAUUUACUUACAAAGAGGGAUGAAUUGCAGGCAAAAAAUGUGGCAAUAGAAAGGAUUGAGCAAAUUGCUCCAUUUCCCUAUGAUUUGGUGAUGAAGUCUCUAGAAAAGUUUGGAGCCGUUAAGAGUGUUAUUUGGUGCCAGGAGGAGCCCAUGAAUUCUGGUUGCUGGACAUUUGUACAGCCCUGGUUUCUUAGCAUUUUUGGCAAGAUGAACAUGCAGCACAGUUUGAAGUACGUGGGGCCCAAAAUACUCUCCGCGCCUUCCACGGGAGAUAUGGCACAGCAUGAAAGGAUAUACAAGGAAUUUCUGUCUGCUGCAUUCUGA